AUGUUCGACACCGGCUACGAACAAUACCUGCCGAUAGAACGGGUGCUCACCCACCCGAAAUUCAGGGGGUGGACAGCAGACCUGGCUCUGGUGUUUACUUUCGCUAGCAUGGUGUCUGACAAACCCGGGAGGGUAGUUCCUUUAGUCAGCGAUAAUGUAAAGGCCGCUGUUGAUGCUAAUGUGACUGUGAUUAGCUGGGGACGCUCUAAAGAUGAAGAAACUGUGGAGCAGAUAUAUACACCACCAGCUGUUGAAUCAGACGAGUCUACAGAGCAGUCAGAAGAGACGACAUCCCACGAGAGUUUAGAAGUACCCGUUGUAGCGAAGUCACGUACGCGCAUUUAUCACGAGCGACCAAGAGCCGACGCUAAGGACCAGUAUGAUUUAUCAGAAGGAGACACUGUAAAGACAUUUUCAUUGAAAAUGGACGCUUAUGACUUCGAUGUUCAUCGCCACGAGACUACGACAGGUUUACAAGGAAUUCCGGAGAUAUCUUACGAAGCAAAUAACAAUUCGGACUUCAAUAGCGAGGAAGAUCGCAAAAUCUGGAAAAAGACAAAGGAGGACUCAGGUGCACCGGCAAUGAGACACGGCCAUCUUGUCGCAGUAACGGUCGGCGGGGCUGAAUUCGACGGUGACAACGUGGCUGUAGCUAUGAAGAUUAGCUGCUUCUGCUCUUGGAUAGCUGAGAACCUACCUGAUGGCGGUCCUAACAUGCAAUGCUGUACGAAUUGUUGUGACUUGCACACACAGCAGUCUUUGGAAUUGAGUGAAGAGAAAACGCACCGCUACGUUUAUAGAAAGAGAAAGAAGAUAUUAUGA